AUCGACCGCUGCGGAGGCAAACGCGCCUCUUCACCUUCAUUCUAACACUUCUAGAGUUUUAUCCAUCGGGGCUGUCGGGAACAUCGUCAGUUUUUGAGGAGUUUGCGAAAAAAAUUGAUUUUUUUCUUUUUAUUUUACGCACAGAUCAAAGGAUGACGCGCAGUUCUCGCCAUGAACGCGCACCGCUGAUAUCUUGAUUUCAAGGGAAGUUUUUCUUAUUGUGCGCCGGUUUGCUGUCCACUCAACUUUCCCGUCCUCGCUCGGUGAAGCCAGAUGAGAAGGCAGAGGAGCGGGAGGAGGUGGGCUUAACAUGGCUGAGCCGCUGGGGCAUCAGGGGGCGCUGGCCGGAGCUCCCCAGAGCGCCUGAAUCCCGCUCGAGUUGAUUGCUUAUGGGGGUGGGGGCUGGCAGGUGACCGGAAACCGAUAAUGUCGAAAAACAGGGAGAAAUUCAACCCGGACCCGUCCAUCCUCAUAUCCAAGAUGAAUGUGAUCAUCCCGUUUUCACCAGAUGUGCCCUGUGACAGCAACGGCCAGCGGAUGUGGUGGGCUUUCCUCGCCUCCUCCAUGGUCACUUUCUUUGGGGGUCUCUUCAUAAUCCUCCUGUGGAGAACUCUCAAGUACCUGUGGACUGUGUGCUGCCACUGUAACGCCAAAAAGAAGGAGGUCCACCGGAUCACCACAGGCGAUGGCAUCAAGCGCACCGACAAGGACGACGCGGCGGCCAGCGAGGUGGGCUGGAUGACCUCGGUCAAAGACUGGGCCGGAGUCAUGAUAUCUGCUCAGACACUGACAGGAAGAGUCCUGGUGGUGCUCGUGUUUGCGCUCAGCAUCGGAGCCCUUGUUAUAUACUUCAUAGAUUCCUCUGAUCCCAUCGAGUCCUGUCAGAACUUCUACAAAGACUUCACGCUGCAGAUCGACAUGGCGUUCAACGUCUUCUUCUUGCUGUACUUUGGCCUACGUUUUAUUGCUGCCAACGACAAGCUGUGGUUCUGGUUGGAGGUGAACUCGGUGGUGGACUUCUUCACAGUUCCUCCUGUGUUUGUGUCGGUGUACCUGAACAGGAGCUGGCUUGGCUUGAGGUUUUUAAGGGCCUUAAGGUUGAUACAGUUCUCAGAAAUUUUACAGUUUUUGAAUAUACUCAAAACAAGCAACUCCAUAAAGCUGGUGAACUUGUGUUCAAUCUUUAUAAGCACAUGGCUAACUGCUGCAGGCUUCAUUCAUUUGGUGGAAAACUCAGGGGAUCCUUGGGAAAACUUCCAAAAUUCCCAGGCACUUUCCUACUGGGAAUGUGUCUACCUACUCAUGGUUACUAUGUCCACUGUUGGCUAUGGAGACGUGUAUGCAAAAACCACCCUGGGCCGCCUGUUUAUGGUCUUCUUCAUCCUUGGUGGUUUGGCCAUGUUUGCAAGCUACGUCCCUGAAAUCAUAGAGUUAAUAGGAAACCGCAAGAAAUAUGGUGGUUCCUAUAGUGCGGUUAAUGGGAGAAAGCACAUCGUGGUCUGUGGUCAUAUAACACUUGAGAGUGUGUCCAACUUUCUAAAAGACUUCCUACACAAGGACAGGGAUGAUGUCAAUGUAGAAAUUGUUUUUCUCCAUAAUAUUUCCCCUAAUCUUGAGCUGGAAGCCUUGUUCAAGCGGCACUUCACCCAGGUGGAGUUUUACCAAGGGUCCGUCCUCAACCCGCACGACCUGGCCAGAGUGAAGAUCGAAUCAGCCGAUGCCUGUUUGAUCUUAGCCAACAAAUACUGUGCUGACCCUGAUGCUGAGGAUGCAUCCAACAUCAUGAGGGUAAUAUCUAUCAAGAACUACCAUCCAAAGAUCAGAAUAAUCACUCAAAUGUUGCAGUACCACAAUAAGGCCCACCUUUUGAACAUCCCAAGCUGGGCCUGGAAGGAGGGAGAUGACGCCAUUUGUCUUGCGGAGCUGAAGCUUGGCUUCAUCGCCCAGAGCUGCCUGGCUCAGGGCCUCUCCACCAUGCUGGCCAACCUUUUCUCCAUGAGGUCCUUCAUCAAGAUUGAGGAGGACACAUGGCAGAAGUAUUACCUAGAAGGUGUAGCCAAUGAGAUGUACACAGAGUACCUGUCCAGUGCCUUUGUGGGCUUGUCCUUCCCAGUAAUUUGCGAACUCUGCUACGUGAAGCUAAAGCUGCUGCUGAUAGCAAUAGAGUACAAGUCUGAUCAAAGGGAAAGCAGCACCCUGAUAAACCCUGGAAACCACGUGAAGAUGCAGGAGGGGACCUUGGGCUUCUUCAUUGCCAGCGAUGCCAAAGAAGUGAAGAGGGCUCUGUUUUACUGUAAAGCCUGCCACGAUGACAUUACUGAUCCCAAAAGGAUAAAGAAAUGUGGAUGCAAGAAAUCUAAAAAUAGCUAUAAUGGAUAUAUCAAAUCAAUUGAAGAGGACCAACAGUCGGCGUUAUCGCCUAAAAAAAAGCAACGUAACGGAGGCAUGAGAAAUUCUCCAAACUCCUCGCCCAAGAUCAUGAGACAUGACCCGCUCCUCAUCCCAGGGAACGAGCAGAUUGAGAGCAUGGAUGAGAACGUAAAGAAAUACGACUCCACGGGGAUGUUUCACUGGUGCCCGUCCAAAGACAUCGAGAAGGUCAUCUUGACCCGGAGCGAGGCAGCCAUGACAGUUCUCAGCGGUCAUGUGGUCGUGUGCAUAUUUGGAGACGUGAAAUCGGCGUUGAUCGGCCUCCGAAACUUUGUCAUGCCUCUGAGAGCGAGCAACUUUCACUACCAUGAGCUGAAGCACAUCGUGUUUGUCGGCUCCCUCGAGUAUCUGAAGCGGGAGUGGGAGACUCUUCACAAUUUUCCGAAAGUCUCCAUUUUACCUGGCACACCGUUGAGUCGGGCAGAUCUGAGGGCUGUCAACAUCAACCUCUGCGACAUGUGUGUCAUCCUGUCAGCCAAUCAGAACAAUAUUGACGAUGCAUCACUGCAGGACAAAGAAUGCAUCUUGGCGUCACUCAACAUCAAAUCCAUGCAGUUUGACGACAGCAUCGGGGUCUUGCAGGCUAAUUCCCAAGGCUUCACGCCACCAGGGAUGGAUAGAUCGUCUCCUGAAAACAGCCCAGUCCACGGAUUAGUGAGGCAGACUUCUGUCACCACUGGAGCAAAUAUUCCCAUCAUAACAGAGCUAGUGAAUGACUCGAACGUUCAGUUUCUGGACCAGGACGAUGAUGACGACCCAGACACGGAGUUAUACCUCACUCAGCCUUUUGCCUGUGGGACGGCCUUCGCAGUCAGUGUGCUGGAUUCCUUAAUGAGUGCUACAUACUUCAAUGAUAAUAUCCUCACCUUAAUCCGGACGCUGGUAACAGGCGGGGCGACGCCAGAGCUGGAGGGGCUGCUGGCAGAGGAGAAUGCUUUACGGGGCGGCUACAGCACGCCGCAGACCCUGGCGAACAGGGACAGGUGUCGCGUGGCACAGCUGGCCUUGUACGACGGGCCCUUUGCCGACCUCGGGGAUGGUGGUUGUUAUGGUGACCUGUUUUGUAAAGCCCUGAAAACAUACAACAUGCUGUGCUUUGGCAUCUAUCGGUUACGAGACGCACAUCUUAACAGUCAAAGCCAGUGUACCAAACGGUACGUCAUAACCAAUCCACCGUACGCGUUUGAGCUGGUGCCCUCGGACCUGAUAUUCUGCCUGAUGCAGUUUGACCACAACGCUGGCCAGUCUCGAACCAGCCUCUCCCACUCUUCACAUUCGUCCCAUUCCUCCAGCAAAAAGAGCUCCUCCGUCCACUCUAUCCCAACCACCAACCGCACCAACCGCAACAAAAGCAGGGACUCUCGAGACAAACAAAAAAAAAAGACAUGGUUUACAGAUGAGCAAGAGAAUACGCACCUGAGGACCAUACAGAUCAAGCCUGUAAAUACUCUCGCCGUCAACCAAGUCAGUCAGUAUAAAUCCACAAGCAGCUUGAUUCCACCCAUCCGAGAAGCAGAAGACGAGUGCUGAGCUCCAGACCCGCACCGACACCUGAGCGCUCGGACUCCCAGAAGACUCAGCAUGCAGGUGUCAGACCGUGACUCUGGGUUUCCUCUCAUCUGCAAACACGAAUCAUCAGUUGACGUUAGAAGAGACGAACCACACUGCUUUGCUCUUUCACCUCUGCAGCAAGCUUAUUGUACAAGCAGAUUUACAAUCGUACAUGAAAUACACAUGAAGACAAUCAUAGUCAAAUGUCGCAGCCACUCAAAUAUUAGUUUGUGCAGCUAAUCUUUAGUGGUGACCAGACUCCAUGAUUUUUUUGUUGCAUUUUGGGGAAUGAGGGUCACUUGAAGUAAAACGGCAAAUGGCUAAAGGAGGGGAUUAUUACAAUAACUGGAUCCAGUUUUGCAAUUGUAAAAGUUGCCUUUUUAGCUGUUGAUGAACAACUACUACUACUACUGCAUUUACUUCACCCAGUGUUGCAGAGUUAUUCUGUACAGUAUGUUAAAAAUGUGUAUUUUACAUCCAGCUGCGAUCCCACCACAAUGGCAUUGUUAGUGACUGACUCUCAGUGAUUCCUUUGCCAUUUGGAGCUAAUUCACAACAUUUGUGACAGUUAAGAUAGCCAGUGUCCAUGUGUAAAUGGCAUUCGGCUCCAGCCUUAUCUCUAUCCAAUUAUAUUUGUCUUAUCUUUGCCUUUUUGAGUCGUUUGUUAUAAAUGUUUUCAUGUUGCUGUUUGGUUGCAAUGUCCAAAACCCCAGAAAUCUUAUUAAGUAAGGCUUUUAAGUAUCUGCAGAGUUUCUCCAGGGCUAAAACAUGAGGAUUAUGUUGUUUGUUUUUUUGCCAAAAGCCAAAUAUGAUAGAGCUGUUUUGUUGUUUCGACACGAAAAUACAAAAAUCUCACUUAGUUUCUGAUAUAGUGACAGAGCUAAAGACAACAAUAGACAGCAAAGCUACUGCCAUAUGUUAAGUCGAACAUAAAAGCCACAUAUCGCAUAAAGUGGGCAUCUUCAAGUCCUCCUUUGGCUCUAAGCACUGCCUGACACAGGAUUGUCUUGGAGGCCAUUAAACGCUUGUAUGUACUCCAUGACCAAUCUUAAUGCCAUAAUCAGACACGUCCAUGCUCUUUUGUAGAAACUUAAAAAACAGCUCUAUCAUAAAAUGUGUUUUUGGCUAUUUAUGUUCUGAUGGAAUCUAUUCUGCUGGCAAACCAUCUUGGUAUUUUCAUGAAACAAUUCCUGCACAUCUAACGAAGCACCAAUCAUCAGUUUGUAAGCCCACGAGGCCAGAAUGCAGAGCUAAGAGUGGUUAUUAAUCUUGUCUUAUUUAAAUAAUGCAACAUAGCUAUAGCGGCACUGUUGUCACUUUACAUCAGAAUCGAUGAAGGGGAAAGAAAGGUUUAAAACAACAACAACACAAGCAAUCCAUAAAAUCCUUAAUCCACAGUGGAUGUGUCACAGUCUAGCCCAGGAUUCAUGUUGGAUAUGAAAAGAGAGAGGUUGUGACAUUUUUACUGGCACAGAGAACAUCCAAACCGUCCAUUUUUCAGUGCCAGUAAUGUGCCAGGCAGUGCUGAAGCCAACGGAGGACUCCAGAAGACCCACUGCUGCGAAAAGAGGCUUCUAGUUGAACUGGAUUUAGGCAAAAUGUAUUUUUGCUAUGAGACUGAGAAAUGUACUUUUCUCUUUGCUUUCCAUCUUGCCAGCUCAGAGACCAUUGUUUUAAAAACUACUCUUUGAAUUUUCUUAAUACGAGGUUAUAAUUCCCUGGAGAUAACUACAAUUUUAGUUAAUAAUUUGAAGUCUUAAAACUAUUUUUUAAAUGGCCCAUUGUCAAUAGCAGAGCCUGAUAGCAAUUAAUUUUUAUGUACUCUUCAAAGAAAUCUGUAAAGCUUAAUGUAAAAUAUUUCUUUCUGGUGUGUUCUUGUUUGACAGAUAUUCUUGUUUUACAGUACCUGUGGGGUUGAGAGACAUUCGACAUUGCAGUCUAGUUUGUAUUUUUUUGUGAAUUUUCUUUUAGCACAUCGACUUGUGGAUACAAUGACAGUGCUAAGUUGAUAUUUCUGACUAUGUCAUAAUACCCAAUAAUAAAUACAGUUUAUUGUCUUGUACAAAUAGGCUUGUACAUAAAUUGUACAUGAUUUCAUUUUGUAUUUUCACAAAUUAAAAGCUGAU